CAGUUCGUUAUCGGAUGAGCGUCUAAAAACUCUUCAGACGUGCACUAAUAGAAUAACCGUGCCGACAAUUCCGAUUCGAGAGUUUUUUAACACUAAAUGUAAAGAUGUUAUUUUUUAAAUAAAUUCACGUAGUACUUUCGUAAAUGUCAUUCCGUUUCUGUAUUCGUUACAUUUAAAACAUAAAAAUUUUUAUGUAGUUACAAGUUUGAAAAUGACAAAUUUUCAUUCCAUCUCAAGUUGAAAUUUUAUAUAUAGAAACUUAGUAGAUAUUCAUCCCUAAAAUAUUCUAAUAAACUUCGGAAUAUCUUGUAGCAUUACGUGACCGGAGUUCGUAAAUAACUCUAAUUCUCUCUGGAAUAAAAAAAAUUUCCCGAACAUUGUAAUGUAAACAAACGUUGAAUUAAGUGCGGAUUUCUAAUAUGAAGUUUACUCAUCCGAUAAUUAAAGAUCAUUUUUAGUGAAAUUAACUUUUAGGGACUCAAUUAUAAAUUUAAACCAGAAUUUUCAAGUGAAUCAUAAUGAAUUAACGGAAAAGAAAAUGACCAUUUUACAUUCAUGCUGUUGCUGGAGAUCGGUGAGGAAAGGCAGUUUUGCUUGUGGCAUCUACACCGCGUUUUACUACACUUUGAACGCAGCUCAUUCAUCUUUCAUGCUUCACGAAGAACUGAAAUACUUUCAGAACAUCAGUAAACCGGAGGUGUCCUUUAUCGAUCACGAUACUACCUCAGAAACUUCAAUGGCAUUUACCGUCAUUCUUCUAAUUCUCUCGUCACUUGGAAUAUUGACAACCUCAAUAUUACUCUACGGACUCUAUCGGGAUUCUAAAUACAUGCUGAUUCCUUGGAUUUGUAACAUCGCCGUUUUUAUAGCUGCAGAUUUUGCUUAUGUUGUCUACAGUUUAGUAGUACAUGCCGUGCAGUGGAACCCUCCGGCGGCUAUUAUAAUAACGUUAGACUUCUUUUUAAAUUCAUUACAUAUAUAUAGUCUUCUAUGCGUGAUAUCUCAAUACCAGGAAUUGAAGGCUGGUCGCGGCAGAGCCUUGGAUGACCAGUUAUACAGGGUACCAAAUGUGCAUUAUAGUUCCCAACCAACGGCAACGAGCUACUUAAGUUCAAGAAAGCAAGUCACUUACUACGAAACGAAACCAACUCCUACACAAAGUCCAACAGGUGCAGUCCCAUCACCAUCGAUAAUACCCGAUAUUUUGUCACCAAAUCUGAGCAGUACUAGAAGAGGAUCUAGAAAAUCAGUAAAAUUCGGUGAUAGCAACUUAAUUCAGCACAAUGGUUCUCAAUUGUUGGAUCCAUGGUCGAUAGAGGCACGAUCACCUAUCUUGGUUCCGAAAUCAAUAGACACAGCUCCUUUACUGGAAACCGGCAUCCCAGUGACUCAAUCAAACGUGUAGAUUGUAUUAUAUGAUGACAUUUUGAAAUUUAUAUACGUUAUUAAUAAAAAUUUGAAAUGAG